CUUUAGUUCCUUUAUUCUAGGGUGGAAUCAAUCCUGAUGAUCCAAAGAAUCCAAGAGAUAAUAAAGAGGGCAAAAUGAUGGAGUACUUCAGAGAUGUUUUAGCUCCACUGAUAAGUAAUAAAUUGAGUCAGCUUGUCAUAAUACUUGCUUUUACUGCAUAUUUGGCAGUUGCAGUUUACGGUAUAACCCAGUUGACUGAAGGAUUGGAGAGGAAAAAGUUGGUUGGGGAUUUUUCCUAUGCACUUCCCUUCUUCCAAUCAGAAGACGACUUUUUUAGGGACAAUCCAUACAGACUUCAGAUUGUUGUUCAUGAAACCUUGGAUUAUUCGAACAAAACUGUUCAAGGUCAAGUUCUGAACAUGAUACACCAGCUCGAAGACUCCGGGGUUAUAUCAAACAUGACUGCUUUCCGUCAAUCUUGGCUUCACGAGUUCUUGGCAGUUGUUGAGAAGAAUUUUCUUCUGAUUGAUGUAUCAACUCCUCAAACCUUCGUGGAAAAUCUUUUCAAGUUCCUAGUGGAGAUUAAAGAUACGCCUUUGUACGGUGACGUGGUGUUCAGUCCGGAUAAGAAGUCCAUCCUAGCUUCAAGAUUCUUUCUACAGAGUUCAAGGAUAAGAGAUGCCAAAGAAGAUGUACAUUUCCUGAAAACUGUGCGGGAAAUUGUGGACUCGGCACCAUUUAACGUAACCAUCUUCCAUCCUUUCUUCCAGUACUUUGAUCAAUUCAGUCUCGUCCUCCCAACAACCAUCAGCUGUAUCGUCUCCUGCUGCAUCUGUAUGUCCGUCAUCACCUUCUUUUUCAUCCCGAACAAGAUCUGUGUGAUCUGGGUGACCUUCACUGUCAUCUCUGUAGAGAUUGGUGUGGUUGGGUUCAUGGCCCUGGCCGGGAUCAACCUGGAUGUGAUCAGCAUGAUUGUGUUGAUUAUGGGAAUUGGUUUCUCCGUGGAUUUCUCGGCGCACAUAUCCUACCAUUAUCUCAGUGCAGGCGAAGGGUUGUCUCCGGAGACGAAAUUAAAGCACUGCCUGCAUGCCCUGGGUCCUGCUAUCAUCAGAGGAGGUUCAACCACACUCCUAGGAGUAGUUGGUCUCAUCUUUCAUCCCAGCUACAUCACGAUUACAUUUUCUCGGAUGAUUUUCAUGAUUAUUAUCCUUGGCAUGCUUCAUGGUCUUCUGCUCCUACCCGUUCUUCUUGGUAUUUUCGGACCCGGGUUCUGUUCAAACGUAAAGAACUCUCAAACAGAUCCAGGUUUACUCUCUCCAACAAACCUCUCCGAAACCUUCACUUAUCAGUCUAAUAGAGCACGUAGUGGAUCUCUGCGAAAACUGGUUUUGACGGAGAAUGCCCUUGAACGGGUUCGACAAAUCUCCGUUCAGAGACAAGAUCUUAGUUUUACUUCUCCAGAAACCAUCAAUUCUCUAGAGUCUGACCAGAGUGAUUGGUCGCAGUUAGAAACACCAAACUACAGAAACCUUCGUGGGUAUACUCCUCCUCAAAACUCUCCAGAUUCCAGAAAUGAUUCUCUGGCUCGGGAUCUUGAUUUCAGACCUAGAUCUAAUACUGAUGGCCUAGUAUUCGUUGAUAAGCGGAACAACAUUAGUCCUUCUAGAUGUAUUUCUGAUAUAGCAGAUCCUCUACCCUACUACAAGUUUGCACAUGUCAAGCGAUCACCCUCUGUUAGAGAUUCUCGCCACGAGCAUAUUCAGUCCGAAGAUCAGAAUUCUAGAAAGGCAGAUAUUAGAGUACAAAGGAAAUUCCCAGAAGGAAUUAGAUAUUCUGAUUGUCAAGAUCUGGAAGACAUGGAUUCUACUUACUCUAGUAGUGAGGAUGACACACUUGAGGUCCAGCCUCGUAUAAUCGAACAGCCUCAGACAAUGGAACAGUAGGAGACGCCUGUUCAGAUCUAACAAGUCGCCCAGAUCUAAGCUUUAGUAUGGCUCCGAUAUGAAAUCAAUUUUAUAUUGUUGAUAUAUUAUUUAUAUUUUAUGAGAUAUUUUACUUUCGAUUCAAUAAACUUUACUUAAGAAA